CACAACACCGAAUGACUCGUAAAUCCGAGAUCUCGAGUUCCCUACCUGUAACCUGGACUGUGUGUGCAGAGGAACUUCGGGACUUUCGAAGGAUACUUGCUUUUUCCAUCUAAGCUGACUUAAAAAGUUUAGUCUGGUAUCUCAUUUUAAUUCCUUUCUAUUCUCAUUCCUAAUCUCAGUUUUCAACUUUCAUCCUUGAUUCACCGAAUAAGACCAUUUUCCCGGAUUCAAGAAAGCGUCUCAGGUAAAGUUGGAGUGAAGUAAGCCAGGGAUCAGCUAUUGCAUUCUGGGGGCUGCAGAAAGGUCUACAUCCCAGUGAACCUACAGUGGACAGUCACACUUGUCACUGAUCAGCUCCAUCAGACUACUUAUCAGGUGCUAUCCAUGGAAAUGUGCCUCUCCAAAUAACUGCAUCAACAAGAAGCUCUUUGCACACGCCAGACCUGUUCCUGCCUCUAGCAGCAGCUGUACAUACAGCAUUCACCUAUUGAUCCCAUGGCCCACCCUUAUGAGCCAUGGUUUCGGCCAGCACCACCUGGAGGCAGUAGUGAGGAUAUGAACAUGCCAUCUUGGUGGGAUAUUCAUGCAGGUACAGGGAGUUGGAUGGACCUACAGGGGGGGACAGGGAGUCUUCAAGGUGUGGGACAGGGAAGUGCUAUACAGUCUGCUCUGGGACCCUAUACCUCUGAGCCCCAGUUGUGCAGCCAACCCCCAUCCCAAAUGGCCUCAGCCUCACACCCCAUGCAACUCUUUCCACAGGAUAGCUAUAAGAUGGACCCAGGGGUUCCAGAGUUGCAGCCGCAACCACUUUCUCUGGAAGAGCCUGUGGAGAGCACCACAGCCACUCGCCCCAAGGCACACCGUCGCUCUGCCUCUAGGGGCUCAGGCCAAGCUGUGUGUCGUUGCCCCAACUGUGUAGAUGCUGAGCGGCUGGGCCACUGUCCUGAUGGCACCAAAAAGAAACACUUGCACAACUGCCACAUCCCUGGCUGUGGCAAGGCAUAUGCCAAGACCUCCCACCUAAAGGCCCAUCUUCGUUGGCAUAGUGGUGAUCGGCCCUUUGUUUGCAACUGGCUGUUCUGUGGCAAGCGCUUUACUCGGUCUGAUGAACUGCAACGCCACCUGCAAACACACACUGGUGCAAAGAAGUUCAGCUGCACUGUGUGUAACCGAGUCUUCAUGCGCAGUGACCACCUGGCAAAGCACAUGCGCACCCACGAGCCAGCUCGUGGUGAGGAGGAGAAGAGUGAGAGUGGAGCAGGUAGAGUGGGGAAAUGCUAUGAAACCCCCCAGACCCUGACCCUCAACACUGCUGCUCCCGGUACCAUGGAAGCCCCCCUUAAGCCCAAAUGUGAGCCAGAGCCCAAUGAACCCACAAUGGGUGCACAACCCAACUAAGGGUGUGCCAUCUGCAUUAGUUACUGUCCAGGCAAAGUGAUGUAGAUUACUACACCCUCUGAGUGAGACAAGACACAACAUGAUUUAACAGUAGAGAGAGAUGGCCUAGCAUGUAGUGAUUAUGAACAGUUCAUGUCUUUAGUUAUGACUUCAGCAUCUGAGCUUGCCCACUUGGGUAAUUUACAAAUUUACUGACCCACAAUCUCACUAGUUCAUAGGCCCUGCAGUUAAGACAGGUGCCUCAUGACAAGAAUAGUGCAUACUAACUUGUUGUAGUUAGAAAAUAAAUUAACUCCCCUAACAGACAUGGGAGUAAACUGAAUGCUGGAAGGAACUGAAAUAAGUGAAUGCUCUGUUGUUUUUCUGAAGGUGCAUUUUUUUCUAAUAUAUGAUUUACAAUUUACAUUUAGUGAAAAGCGUUAGUGGUGACUGAGCCAUGAUCAUAGCUUACUGCUUAUAUUGCUAAUACAGCUACUCUGCUUUCUAGCUGUUGAGUUUGAAAUAGAUAGAAAUAGAAACACUUUUUCAUCCACAGACAUAACAUGAACUUUUACACCUCAAGCAGACCAAAUAACAUCUCAGAGCCUAUUGACACUUUCCUUUUUCAGAGAAUCGGUACUUCUCAGGCACUUGAUCAGUUUUUUUUUAUUUCCAACUCAGUUCUUCACCCUAUCUCCCCUUAUGAAAAAAUCACAUGAAAUUUGUGAAAUAAAAUGUGAAAAGAAAAUGUCACAUGUGAACUGAACAUUUUCAUGUUUGAUUGGCUUUUUUCACAUGCGAAUGAAAAUAACCACAUGGGAUAAGUCAUUUGCAUCUUCACAUUUUCACACUUCACUGACUUUGAAAAUUGUGAACAGCAAUUUUCAUGUGAAAACAAAAAAUGACUUGUAAUAGCAUAGGUUUCCUUUUUCCCCACUCUUGUCUUAUAAGAGGGAUUAUUUCUAUGGUUCAUAUGUUGAGUGCUCACAUGUGGUGUUUGACCACAUGAUUUUUUUAGAGACCUUAGUAUUUGCAUGUGUACACACACACACACACACACACACACACAGUAGUAAAACUCAAGAUAUUUGAAUGCAAUGAGAGUCAAAGUUCCUUAGAACUUCUUAAUGAUGAAACUGAUUAAAAUUGCAGCUGAAGAGCGUCUAACUUAGUGGUGCGUCUAACUACCGAAAACUCUUUCAGUAAAUUACUUGAAGUUAUUACUUACAAUAGUGUAGCCUUAUUUUAUGCUAUUAAAAUUUAUUCUCAUUUUGAAGCAAACACCUUGGUAUAAAUGAAAAUAGUGUUAAUAGGAAUCUCAUUGGAACAUUCAUUAUUUUAUUUCCACAUUGGUAUGUCAAAAAGUAAAAUCUCCUUUUCAGGAGAUUUUGCUUUAGCAUCAGCAUUCCAUAACUGAGGUUUUACUUUCAGGUUCUUCUAUCAGAGUCUUCCCAUUUAUAUUAUGUGAGUGUGCGUGUAUGUAUGUAAGUAUCUAUAUAUUUACAGAGAGCGAGAUGAAUCAUAGUUGUUACACUGUGCAUAUAUGGCUCUACAUUUAAACACAUUUAUGUGUGAAUAAAUUAUGCACAUGGACAUAUCAAACUGUAAAUAUAAAACCUUAUUAGGGAAUUAUUUACAACCAUUCUUUUAGAAAAACGUGUACAUAUUAUACAGCCACAAUCUGGAAAUGUUUCAAACAAUGAAUGAGUAGACUAGGUCAGUUGCUCCACCAGCUAUUUAAUGGACUUAUUGCUGAAUUACUGAUUAAUUGAUUAAUUGCUAUAUUAAAUUCUCAAAUAGUUGUUAAAUUUACCCCGGGAAGGCUCCUAAGUAGGACAUCAUGUUUUGACAUGUUAAAUGCAGUGAUGCUACAGAAUGGGAGUCCUGCAGGGUGACAUACAUUCAGCCAUUGUGUCAUCUUUGGCGUGGAGGGGUGCUUUCAGUGUCAGCAGGAUAGUAUUAACUUACUCAAAAGCAACUCUUUUGGUUUGAUAUAAUUUGAUUUGGAGAUUUGUCAGCACCAGUCUUGCAGUCCUCCAGUAUGGUGGCUGGGAUGGCUCAGCCUGUGGAUUACAGUGUGAAAACAUAUGAGGCUUGACAGGCCCCUGGCCACUUACUCUUCAACAGGAGUGAAUUGGCACCUCAUAAAAAAUAAGCAUUCUGCUGGCUUUGUGUGAGGAAGCAUGUGAUAAUAUACACCCCCACCCCAACUGACAAAGGACGAUGAAGCAAAGGAAUCAACCUUAAAUUGUGGUGAGGCACAGAUAUGUAAGACAUCAAAAACAACUCGUUACUUUCAGAAUUUGGUCAAAUAAAAACUGUGUCAUCCACUUCUCUAUUAUCACCCGAAAUGUGCCAUUCUUUCUGUGAUAAAAUUCAUUUGUAUGUUUUCUUUGGAGUUAUUCAAAGAAAUUGUUUAUAUUUUAGUAGCGAUUCCAUAAUAAUCAUAACAUUGAAAUAAAGAUCACCUUUGACAACAUUGACUUGAAUGUCACAACUGUAGCUCCCAGCACCAUAUCUGUAUACGCAGAGGUUUGAGGGGAGACAGGGAGACGUCACCCCAAAUAUUUUCAAAUUAAUGAAUUGCUAUACUACCUAGUACACGUAUGAACCUACUUAGAAAGAAAAAAACAUUCUUACUGUAUUUCAAAGCUCAUAGCAUAUACAAAUCCAGUAAAAAGUAUUUGAACCCUUCCUGAUUUCCUCUAUUGUCGCAUAUUUGUCACACUGAAUGGUUUCAGAUUCUUAGAAAAAAUGUAACAUCAGAAAAAGGGAGUAAACAAAAAACACAUAAAAAAAUUUUUUUAACACUAACAAACACCCAUGAGCCAUGUGAAAAAGUAAUUGCCCACUUAAACCUACACUCAGAAAAAAUGUACAGUUCAGUACCUAGAAAGGUACAAUUGCUUAUCACUGUGGCAGUACCGCUUGAAGGUAUAGAACUGUACCUUAACCAGAAAAAAAGGUAUCAUUCAGUACCUAGAAAAGUACAAUCACUUGUCACUAGUACCUUUACAGGAACGGUUUUGUACUCCAGAAUCUGUACCCUUGUGUACCUUUAUUUCUGAGAGUGUAUUAACUUGUUACACCACCUUCAGUAGCAAUAACUGUAACCAAACACCUUUAUAUAAUUUGAUAUCAGUCUUUCACAUCACUCUGGUGGAAUUUCAGCGCACUCUCCUUUGCAGAACUGCUUUAAUUCAGACAAAUUGAUUUUUUUUUUCAAGCACAAAUUAUUCAGGUCCUACCACAGCACCACUGUUGGGUUCAAGUCAGGACUUUGACUAGACCACUCCAAAACUUUUAUUUUUGUUUCUUUUUAGUCAUUCAGAUAUGGACUUCCUUUUGUGUUUUGGACCAUUGUCUUGCUGCAUAACCCAAUUAUGUUUCAGCUUCUCUCAUGGACAGAUGGUCAUUCUCCUUACAAAUUUUCUGGUAGAGCUUAAUUUGCGGUUCCUUCAAUAAUGGCAAGUUGUCCAGGGCCCAAGGCAGCAAAGCAUCCCCACACCAUCUCACCACCGCCAUGUUUGACUGCUGGUAUGAUGUUCUCAUUGUGAACUGCUGUAUUUGCUUUACGCCGGACAUAAUAGGACCCCUGUUGUCCAAAAAGUUCCACUUUUGUCUCAUUAGAAUAUUAUCUCAAAAGGCUUGGAGAUCAUCCAGGUGCUUUAUUGCAAAUGUGAGACAAGCAUUGAUGUUUCGUUUGGUUAGCAGUGGCUUCUGCAUUGCUAUUCUCCCCAUUGUGGAACACUGACCUUAGCUGAAGCUAGAGAGGUCUGAUGUUCUUCUGGGAUCUUUUGUGACCACCUGCUGCACCUUUGGAUAAAUUUUGCUGGGCUGACCACUCCUGGGAUGAUUUACCACUGUUCCAAGUGUUCUCCAUUUGGAGAUAAUAGCUCUGACUGUGGUUUGGUGGAGCCCCAGAGCCUUAGAAAUAGCCAAUUCUGGACUGAUAUAUUUCAAUAACCAUUUCCCUGAUCUUUUCUGCUGUUUACUUUGUGUGCUUAUAGAUGUGGUGACUACCUCACUCUGAUGGUAAGGUUUAAUAUGAGUGAGAAUUAGAUUCAACAGGGCUGUCUGCAGUCAAGAUUAAUCUAAUUUUCAAAUAAAUUUGGUUAAUUGGUUUAUAAGAGUUGCUAUGAGGGCAAUUACAUUUUCACAUGUAUGUGAAUUUUUUUCAUGAAAUAAUUUUAAAAAUGUGUUUUGUGUUUAUUCAGUUUCCGUUUGUCUAAUAUUACAUUUGUUCUGAAGAUCUGAAACCAUUCAGUGUGAUAAAUUUGCAAAAAUAGAGGGAAUCAGGAAGGGGGCAAAUACUUUCUCAUGGCACUGUACAUGCACACACAUACAUAGACAUGUGCACACAUACACUAUACAACUCAAAUACAUUGUCCCCUGAUCGUCUCUAACAUUCCGUCUCAUUUUCAUGCAUUGAUUAUCAUGUAGAUGACUGCGAACCCCAUAAAUUGAUUAAAGUACAUUAAAAGUACACAUUUAAUAAUAAUAAUGAUCAUAUAAUAAAAUAUUUCAGAAUUUUAAAUUACUCUGCAUAUGUGAUUAGAAGAAAUUAAAUUGUGUUGUUAAAUGUUUCAAAUAUGGGCAUUAUUUUCAGUCAGACAUCUUGUGGUCAUUUUUUAACUACAAAGACGAGAAGAUGAAAUUCACAUAUCAAUCAUAAUUUAUACAAUUCAUAAAGGGUAGCUUCACUAUACUCAAAAUUUAAUAUUAUUUUUCUUAAUUUACAGUUUAGUAGGCAGAGUUCGUAGGCAAAUUCCACUACUUGCAAGUCGACUUGGCAGAGAGGGAAAUGACGUGAUGACUUGGACUUUUUAUUAUUUUAAAAAAGAAGCUACAAGAUCAGGUGGGGUAAAAUUAGAUUCAAGCCAUCUGAUUGGACCAGCAGGCUUUCUGUGUGCUGUACCUAUUUGGGUGCAACUCUUUGCUGGUCACGUGGUGCAUUUUGUCCAAUCAAGCUUGAGUGAUGGAUUAUGCAUUAUAGGCCUAAGGGAAAUAUUAAACACCCAUUAAAAAUA